AUGGAGAAUCAUCGGGAUAUCGCUCGAGGCUUCGUGAAAGGUGACAAAGCCAAAGUAGAUGCACUCUGGAAGGAGCUGGUAGAAGAUUUGAAUGCCCACGGCCCACCGCAUAAGGAUAUGUCUGGCUGGAAAAAGGUUUGGAUGGAUUGGAAGGCCUUUGUCAGGAAAAAAGUUGCUCACAACAACACCGAAGCUAGGGCAACCGGAGGAGGUCCAUUCAACAAGCAUGUCCUGACGAAAACAGAGGAUGCAAUUGCCCGUUUAUGUGGAAUAUAUACGGUGGUGGAAGGUAUUGCCAACACAGCAGACUUCGGUGCACCUACUGGAAGCAAUGAGAUUUCUUCGGAGGCUUCCAGUGACGAUAUACCAUCCACUAGUGCCGCUGCUUCAACACGGUCCCGAAGGCGCGAGCCUGCAGUUUCCGACUCACUUAAGACUAACAUUGGGGAGCAGACAAGUGCCAUGAAAAGUUUGGUAGAUGAGUUGCAGGACAAUGUAGACGCCACAAACGAAGUAAGCACCGGCAUAAAAAGUCUAUGCGAAGCUGUGAAGGAAAUGACAGUUGCCAUACAAGAAGGUAAUCAGGAGAAAAAAAUGCAUCAUCUCCAAAUGGAGAGGCUGCGUCACACGGAGAAUGAGCUCAAACAAAAAGAGUGUGAGUUAGAGUAG